AAGAUCUGAGGCGUGGGAGCAGUGUUCGCCCACUAUGCCUGCACUUGGCUCUGCAGUGUACAGUAUAUAGAGACCUCAGCUGGUGCAAUGCCCUCACAAUGGAGAGACGCGCACUAUGUGACAGUCAUAUGGUGAUAUCUAACAGUCUCUGGUGGUGCAGUUUAAUGACAGUGUGUCUCACUGCUGGGAGGCUGGGAUCACUUUGACGUAAUAACCAUCUUCCUCCUUUAUAAAGCUCUGCUCACCCACUCCACACUCCAGAGCUCCGCUUGCUCGCUGCUUGCUCAGGCUGGGCUGGUUCUGGAGCAGCUGUCGGGUGCUACAGAGCGUGUCUGCAUGGCUGGGUGUUAGCCUGUCUUCUGUAUGAUAACUGUACCUGGGAUCCGGAGACUCUGAUGACUUCAGCACCACAGACAGCUCCAGACUGGACGCUGAAGUGAAUGUGUUGCUUUCUGCAGUUUCAACGCGCUCACAUUUCUGUUCAUGGCAAGGAGUCUGUGUAGCUUAUACUGUACUAUGGCUUUGCAAGGGAUGGGAAUGGAUCUUGCGCAAACUUUGUGCCAAACUGGGCACUGCCAAGAAUCCUAACUAGGUCUUAGCAGCAUGGUCCGGUUUGCAUGGCAUGCUGGUGACUGAUAUGCAACAAUAUUCCAGAGGCUGGAUCCUUAUCAAGGGCUCAUUUGUUUCCUCUGGGUAAUAAUUCUCAUGCUACCACAAAUGAGGAUGGAAUGGAACAUCACAGUGAUUGCUAACGGGAGCUCAGGGUCCGAUAACUUGAACAAGUAUCGCAUUUCAAUCUUUAGCGUCCUCAUAUUAACUUUACUGGCUAUGCUGGUUAUUGCCACUUUCCUGUGGAAUGUAUUAGUGCUAGUUACCAUCCUGAGAGUAAGAACUUUCCAUCGAGUUCCUCAUAAUUUGGUGGCCUCUAUGGCGAUUUCAGAUGUGAUGGUAGCUGCUUUAGUGAUGCCCUUAAGCUUGGUUCAUGAGCUGAAUGACCGGAGAUGGAGGCUUGGCAGGGUACUGUGUCAUAUUUGGAUUUCCUUUGAUGUUCUCUGCUGUACAGCCAGCAUCUGGAAUGUGACAGCCAUAGCUUUGGACAGGUACUGGUCUAUCACUAGACACCUGGAAUACACCCUAAAGACUAGAAAGAGGAUUUCUAACAUCAUGAUAUUGCUGACUUGGAUGCUGUCUGCAGUUAUCUCUCUGUCUCCUCUCUUUGGAUGGGGUGAAACAUAUUCAGAGGUAGAUGAAGAGUGUAAGGUUAGUCAGGAACCCUCUUACACAAUCUUCUCCACCUUUGGAGCUUUUUACCUUCCACUUUGUGUGGUUCUCUUUGUAUACUGGAAAAUCUACAAAGCUGCCAAAUUCAGAAUUGGGUCAAAGAAGACAAACACAAUCACCCCAAUGCCAGAAGUGAUUGAGGUUAAAGAAGCAUCUAAUCAGCCUCAAAUGGUCUUCACAGUCCGCCAUGCCACAGUCACUUUCCAAACAGAUGGCGACACAUGGAGGGAGCAGAAGGAAAAAAGAGCUGCUCUCAUGGUGGGCAUCCUCAUUGGGGUCUUUGUUCUUUGCUGGAUCCCCUUCUUUAUAACUGAGCUGAUUAACCCUCUGUGUUCCUGUGACAUUCCUCCUAUCUGGAAGAGUAUAUUCUUAUGGUUGGGCUACUCAAAUUCUUUCUUCAAUCCCUUGAUCUAUACUGCCUUUAACAAAAAUUAUAACAAUGCAUUCCGAAACCUUUUUUCUAGACAGCGGUAAUAAAUCUCUCUGUUGUACUGGAAAUGGCAUCAUCAAGCAUGCUUUAAGCAAUCACUAUGUCUUCAUUCAAGAACUUCAGUGUUACAAUUGCAGCAAUUUACUGGUAUGGACUGGAAUGCUCCAACUAUCCUUGAAUCCAAAACGGCUGUAAUAAAACCAGUUGGAAGUAGAUGUAUGGGGAAUAUAGGAAAUUUAAUCAAAUUAAGUAUUUAAAAGUGUCCAAUAUGCUUUUACUGAGUGUAUAGACAGAUCAACAAACAAACAAACAAACCACUUAGGUAACACAAUAAGUGGAACUGGAAUGCUCAUUCAGAAACUCUUGGCAAGGAAAGCUAAACAGAAUUUGCUUGGCUCUUAUCUACUACAGUAUCUAUAUUUAGUAGUGAUUAGUCACUCUCAGUACUUCUCUUUAAGAGGUUCUGCAACAGCUAGAUGAUAUGCUAUGCAGUUUAUUAAUGGGUGAUAACUUUCCUAAACUGGCCUAAAACAUUAGCCCUAUAUGCCAUUAUUUUGUGAUACUUGAUCUAUAAACACAAAUCAUUCUUCCUCCACUUUCCUUUGGUAGAUAUCACUGCAUAUUGCCAAACAUGCAAAACAAUACAGCUGACAAGAGUUCAGCUUAUUGAAUGCACCACUUGUAUUAAAUCUCCUGGGGAAGUAAAUGUGAGGGUCAGAAAAGACUUAAUAAGAUCAUUUCAAGGAGGAGGUUGUAUUGUAUUGUAUUGUAUUUUUAUGCAUGACAGCAAUCCAACUGCCAGGUGUGUUUUUAUAGACACCGUGCUGCAUAGUUAAUGCAUAUACUGUAUACAAAAUUUAAUUCAAAAAAAGAUUUGUUAUUUUGGUCUGCUUCAAUAAACAACAGUGGAUGUACACACAAGUGCAGUUUAAAAUAUAGAUUCUUGCCAUCUGUAUCCAAUACAUCACCCUUUGCUGUCACUAGGAAGUGAUGUUUACCUAGGUAAGCACAUUUCAGAUAAAUGCAGAAGGUCAAUAUAUUUCAUUUUAUAACGCUGCUUAUAUGCACAUUGGUAAUACGGGAAGUGAUACUAAAAAUACAGUUCUUGCUUUCAAGAAAAAUAAGCCGAUUUCUCUCUUGUGUUUAAGAUAUUUAUUGUUUUUUUUACUCAAGAAUAU